AUGGAGAAUCUAAUUAAUCUCCUCAACAAACUACAGAAGGCAUGCACAGCCCUAGGCGACUUCGGUGAAGAAUCCUCUCUUCCUACUCUCUGGGACGCCUUGCCUACAAUCGUCGUCGUCGGUGGUCAGGAAUUGUCACUCGGCGUCCUCUUGUUCUACUACUUCAUAAGAUCGAAGAAGGAAAAGAAUAGGCAGAGUUUGCUCACCUUCCACGAAAGUCGUUCACUGAUUUUGCUUCCAGGAAUUCUGUCUUUAUCCAUGAAGUUUCUUCCUACAGUCACAAAUCUGCUUAGAAAACUAGUCGAAGAGGGGCAAAAGCCUGUUGCAACCCAACCACAAGUAUUAGGGAGUUUUCAAGGGGUAGUUUCGUCAUCUGGCUCAUCUGGUGUAACCAUGGAAAAUGGAAAUGGAACCGAGAUGGAAAGUCGGGCAAUGCUUCAAGCGUUUACUUGCCAUCCACGCCAGGUGGACAGCCGCCCAUGA